AUGAGCCACGACGACCUUCGAGCACUGACGCCGGCCGACGCCUUCGACUACUUCAACUACGGCGAAUGGACCAUCUCGCCCAUGGAGAUCCAGCGCACGUACUGCCUCCAGGCCAACGACGACGACGGCCUCGGGCCGGGGCGUCUGGGUGCUGCGGAGAUCGCCGAGGUCGGCCAGCCCCCGAUCAAGGCC